UCCCAUAACAGACAGUAGUUACCCAACACCCAGUGCUAUUGUCUGUCUCAUCCUUCACCAUCAAAGCUGAGAAAAGGAAAGGUCACCUCUCUGCCUCGGAUACGACUCCAACCGUACAGGAUUUUCAUUUGUUUUGGGACAUUGUAUGGGGGACAUGGACUCAUCUCCAACUUAGACCUUUUCUGAGGUCUGAAAACAUAAGAGAAAAUUAGAUUUGGGAGUCAACUGUCACUAAGGUUUCUUUGUCAGGAGGACUGUGAGAAUUUGGGAGUCAACUGUCACUAAGGUUUCUUUGUCAGGAGGACUGUGAGAAUUUGGGAGUCAACUGUCACUAAGGUUUCUUUGUCAGGAGGACUCUGAGAGUUCGUUUGGACCCUGAUUGUUUCUCUGGACCCUUAACAACGGACGACGUGAUGUUCCAGGGCGUGUCUGAGAUCGCGGCGCUGUGCGCAGGACUGGUGGGUCUGAUCGGAGCUGCCGCCGUCACCGGGAUGCCCAUGUGGAAGGUUACGGCCUUCAUCGGAGAGAACAUCAUCGUCAUGGAGACGCGCUGGGAGGGCCUGUGGAUGAACUGCUAUAGACAGGCCAACAUCAGGAUGCAGUGUAAAGUGUACGACUCUCUGCUGUAUCUCCCCGCAGACCUGCAGGCUGCCAGGGGCUUGAUGUGCUGCUCUCUGGCUCUCUCAGGGAUGGGUCUACUGGGGGCUCUAGCAGGGAUGCGUUGUACCUCCUGCAUCCAGGACAACGACCGCGUUAAGAGCCUCAUCCUUAUGGUGGCUGGAGGCAUGCAGUUACUGGCCUCUAUCUGUGUGUUCAUCCCAGUCUCCUGGACGGCUCACGCCAUAAUCCGUGACUUCUAUAACCCUUUGCUGAUCGACGCCCAGCGCAGGGAGUUGGGAGAGGCUCUCUACAUCGGUUGGGUGACCGGAGCCUUCCUCCUGACCUCUGGGCUUCUCUUCCUCUGUCGCCGCAUCCACUCCAACAAAGCCGCGUUCGAUAUCUAUCACCCAGCCAACAGGAUCAACAAACCCACUCUGAUGCGCUACCAUCCCAUCUCCAGCGUUCUUAGCGUGAGAGCUCACCGCCAGCCCGGUCUGAACCGCCAACAAAGUCACAGCUUCGAUGCAUACCAACACCGCCAAGCUCCGAUUCUUCAUAACGUUCCUUAUGGACAACAAGGGGUCGUCAUGAACCCUCCUGCUGCUGUGUAUGACUCGAGCUCGGUGGAGAACGUUGGGCCGUUGGUCUAUCACCAUGGCAAUGGACGUCAUGUUGCCGGACACCAUCCCUCCACCUCUAACAGCUCCAACUACGUCAGCAGCCUGUCCACUCUGGCUAACUCCCUAUACAUCAGCCAACAGACUCCGUACUCCUACAACCACCUGACCGCUCCGUAUACCACAUAUACCGGUAGUCAACAGACGAAUCCAUACUCCUACAGUCAUCCGGGAAACCUGUCCGUUUCACACAACUCCAGUUUUCAAGCCGUACCUCAGAAUCCUGUUUUUAUCGGGUAUAAGGGCUCCAGAGUUCAAACAUCGCAGUCUCACCGCAGUGGAAGCAGUGUUGGUGUGUACAUCUGAAUAGACUGCAAAGAGACCAGUUAUCGGCUGAUACUCACUGUACCUUAACAAAUGUAUCUGUUGUUUUAUGUUUUUGAAAAGUUAAUUGUCUGUUUUGGUAUUCUGGUAAAACUGUAAUAUGUUCAGUGUUUGGGACAGUUAUAGCUGUGCGGAGUGUUUGGGACAGUUUUGGCUGUGUGGAGUGUUCAGUGUUUGGGACAGUUUUGGCUGUGUGACGUCUAAGGCACGUGAUUGGGAGUCCCCAUAGGGCGGCCUACAAUUGGCCCAGCGUCGUCCGAGUUUGGCCGAUGUAGGCCGUCAUUAUAAAAAUAAAAAUAAAUGUUCUGAACUGA